AUGAAAGAUAAUCCUCUCAAGCUAAAUGACCAAAGUCUCUUGAUUCCACAACUCAAUCCAUUUCCAACAGUUCCUCAACAUCCCACCCAAGCUGCAUCAUCACUAGAACACGGAAAAGGAAAUCAUCAAAGUUCCCAAAUUGAAUUACCAAAGGAUGAUGAGAUCAGCCCACAUUGUUUGAAUGAGACAUCAAAAAAUGAAUUUAUUUCACUUACUCAGUCAGAACUCACAGAUCUAUUCAACAACAACACUAAGCUAUCAAAUUUGACUGAGGCCGCAAACAAACUUAUUUCUCUUAAUCAGUCAGAACUCACGGAUCUAUUCAGCAACAACACCAAGCUAUCAGAUCUGACUCAGGUUGCGGAUCCAGAGAUUACUAAAGGCCAUGAUCAAAAAGAUCAAGUCAGCGGAGAGAUAAAACCACAGCGAUUGAUUUUGAAGGUAGGGAAGAGAAAACAAGUACCUGACCCAAUUCCAGUUUCAGGAAGCGCAAAGAAGAAGGCUCGUACUUCUACAUCUAAUGGAAGAGUUUCUCAGGACACUCAAAGUUCCAAAACUCAGUCCAACCUUUGCAACAAACAACGCAAACACAACCUAAACGCCCUUUCAAAUGCGGCCUCUGCAAGGAACCAGGACAUCGGGCCAACUAUUGUCCCACUUUAA